UUUUUCAUUUUAUUUACAUAAUUUUAGAAAUGCCUUUCUAAUUUCUAGGGCUUUUUUCCCACUCUUUUCCUUUGCCUGAGUCCUUCGACCGCCGUGUCGCCGCGCCUACGGCUCUGAUUGAUGGUCUAGGACCUUCCAGGCUUUCAGAAUUUUGUUCACGUUUCGGUCUGGUAGUCUCGCUGGGGCGCUUGGUCUCACCAUUCUCUUCUGUUCGAGAGUGAUUCAAAUUGGAGGAUUGUUCAACAAGUAAAUCACGAUUCUAUUGAUAUUCCUGAAAUUGUUGACGAACUGAGGAUUUCAUUGAAAGUUCAUCUUCAGUUGAUUAGAUGUUCAUUCUGUAACUCUUUGAUGUACUUUUAAAGUACCAAAAUCACUAUGUUAAUGAGAAAGCUGUCUUAGAUGAAGAUUUUGAUGAUGGAAAUAUAUUGGCUCAAGUGAUGAUGACAUCAGAAGUGCUACAAAAACAGAAUUUGAUAAGGAUGUAGAUUCAUAUUUCCUAAAUCUUUUAUUAUGGCACGUGGUCGUCGCACCACUCGAUCUACUGCUCGGAGUCAACAAAUUGUACCAGUCAUUGAUCCUCCUGCUCCACCUGCACAAGUUGUUCGCACUACUCGAUCAACUUUACAGAAUCAACAAGUUGGUCGCACCACUCGAUCUAUGGUAAAAAGUCAACAACGUAGAACCACUGCACAAAUUAAUGUAGAGAGUGAACACCCUCAUCCCUCCACGCAGUCUGAACCCUCCGCACACUCUCCUGUGCAGAGUGAACAAAUCAAUGUGAUGACCCAUGUACGCAGUGAACAAGUAAAUGUACAGAGUAAUGAUACUGAAGAUGAUCCAUCUUACCAAACUCCAUCUGGACAAAGAUCUUCAUUUAAGACACGUGGGGCUACUCGUGGCAUGACAACUGCAAGUAUAGCUAAGGCAUCAUCGUCUGGAAAGUUAUCUGUGAUUUUUGAUGCGGAGUGUCGUCAACCAAUAUGUACUAAUGCUGAGAAAUUUAAUAAUGAGAUUGGAUUCAUUAUUCGAAAUCAUGGUACAUUUCAUUAUAAAGAGUGGAGAAUGGUACCAGAAGAAGUGAGAGCUCCGUUACGACACCAUCUUUUGAAAUAUUUUGACAUCAACUUGAGUGAUGAGACUACAAAAAAAUGUAUUGAUGAUCAAAUGAGAAAAGCUUGGAAGGGUCACAAGUACAAGUUACACUUAUACUUCAAAAGAAUUGGAGGAGAAAAUGAUGUUGAGAUGGCCAAGAGCAAACGACAUCCUGACUUAAAGGAGGAUCAACAAGAAGAUUGGAAUAUUUUGUGUGAUCGUUGGUGUUCUCUUGAAUUUAAGGAAAGGGCAAUAAAGAAUACUACUAAUAGAUCUAAGAGGAAAUGGGUGUCAAAAAAUGGUUCAGUUUCUACAGCGCGACAUCACAUUCGACGUGGAAUGGUGUUAAAUUCUUCUACCGGUCAAAUUGAGACAUGGCGUCUAAAGCAUUAUGAUGCAGAAAAGGGAUGGACUGGAUCAGAUCUCGAGCUACUAUAUAAUGAAAUGAUGGAGUUAAGGGCUCAACACCUUCCGGAAGACAUGUCUGAUAAAAAGAUUAUGGAGCGUGUACUUGGACGUCAUUCAGUAUACUUGCGAGGAUGGGGACGAUCUUCUACUGUUACAACUUGUACUUCAGAUCAUGAAAAUAUUGUGAGUAAUCAAGUGACCAAUGAAGAAUUACUUGAACGACUUAAUGAUACAACUUCUCGUCUUAAUGAUGCAAAUAGCCGUCUUGAUUCUACUACCAAACAACUUAAUGUGGUUUUGGACAUACUCCGUCAUUACAAUCUAGUGCCACCACCUCCAACAGAUGAAGAUGAAGAUUCAGAUUCAGAUGCAAAUUGUUAGUUUAUAUAUAUUAGGUUUUUUUUUUGAAACUAUAUGUAUUAGCUUAUUAAGUAAUGAUCUUUAUGAAAUAUUUUAAUACUGAUGAAGUGUUUUAGCGUUGAACAUUUUAUUAUCCUAUGUUCUUUUUUUUACCU